AUGGCAUUCAAGUUCAUCGUAUUCCUGGCUUCGCUGGCCGUGGCUAGCGCUGGCUACCUGGAGGCUGGCCAUGCCGUCCAGUACGCUGCUCCGGUGGCGCACUACUCGUCCGCGCCGUCCGUGAGCUACAGCUCCCUGUCGCACGCCGCUCCGGUUGCCAAGACCGUCGCAUACGCCGCCCCGCAGGUGUACGCCGCCCCUCAGGUCUAUGCCGCCCCGGUGGCCAAGACCUACUACUCUGCCCCGGCUGUCGGUGCCACGCACGAGAGCACUGUUCGCUCGCACGAUGCCACCGUCUCGCACUACUCCAAGUCGGUUGACACUCCGUACUCGAGCGUCCACAAGUCGGACACACGCAUCACCAACGAACUGCCGAAGCUGGCCUACGCCCAGCCCGUCCUCGCCAAGCAGGUCGCUUAUGCUGCCCCUGUCCACACCUACGCCCAUGCUGCUCCGGCUGUCCACACCUAUGCUGCUCCGGCCGUGCACACCAGUUACGCCCAUGCUGCCCCGGCUUACACCACCUAUGCCCAUGCUGCGCCAGCCGUGCACACCAGCUAUGCUGCCCCGGCUGUCCAUAGCUAUGCUGCUCCGGCUGUCCACAGCUAUGCUGCCCCGGCUGUCCACACCAGCUACGCCCAUGCUGCUCCGGCUGUCCACACCAGCUACGCCCAUGCUGCUCCGGCCUACACCAGCUAUGCCCAUGCUGCGCCGGCCGUCCAUAGCUACGCUCAUGCUGCUCCGGUUGUUGCCGCGCACGCCACCAAAACGCUGACCUACUCGCCAGCUGUCCAGGUUGCGCACGCCACCUACGAGGACGCCCAUGCCCAUUAUGCCUGGUAA